CGAAAGAAGAGAGGAUGGUUAACCCGACGGGGGCCCGUAGGAUCCUCGAGUAAUUGUAGAGCAGAACCUACAACGGAGCAUCAGCAUCCCAUGUUACACUGACCCAGGCCUUGGCCGAGCGCACAGAAGACAACUCCGGGGCUCGCUGGACCAACCCAGGAUACCCAGGAAGAGAAGAGAGUUGAGAGCAUUUCCAUCUGUUGGCAUUUAUUUUCCUCAGUGAAGAAGAAUGUAAAAGCGUCUGAAAAUUUGGAAUUGAGCUGGGAUUGGAGAUUUAAGAGCCACAGUGCGUGGUUGUAUAUCCUAGUUGUAAGUCCUUCUAGUUCUUCUGUGUGAGCUGCCGCCACAGCAUGGCUACUGACAGACGGCGGGAGUGUGGUUCUGCAAUUGGAAACGAACCCCAGGCUGCAAUCAGAGAAAGUGGUAUGAAGCAGAGAGCAUGGUAUUCACUAGGCCAUCAGGGCUGGCGCUAGAGGGAAGCUGGAAAAGUUGUAAGCAAAACAUCAUUUCUCUAAGAAAAUUUUGGAUAACAGAAGUUCUAGAUAACAGGGCAAACCAGUUCAAUCACCAUGAGUUGGAGCUUCCUGACUCGCCUGCUAGAGGAGAUCCACAACCAUUCUACGUUUGUGGGGAAGAUCUGGCUCACUGUAUUGAUUGUCUUCCGGAUUGUCCUUACCGCUGUAGGAGGAGAGUCCAUCUAUUAUGACGAACAAAGCAAAUUUGUGUGCAACACAGAGCAGCCAGGCUGUGAGAAUGUCUGCUAUGAUGCCUUUGCACCUCUCUCCCAUGUGCGCUUCUGGGUAUUCCAGAUCAUCCUGGUGGCAACCCCCUCAGUGAUGUACCUGGGCUAUGCCAUUCAUAAGAUUGCCAAAAUGGAGCAUGGUGAAGCAGACAAGAAGGCAGCUCGAAGCAAACCCUAUGCAAUGCGUUGGAAACAACACCGGGCUCUGGAAGAAACAGAAGAAGACCAUGAAGAGGAUCCCAUGAUGUAUCCAGAAAUGGAAUUAGAAAGUGAAAAAGAAAAUAAAGAGCAGAACCAACAACCUAAACCCAAGCAUGAUGGUCGACGGCGGAUUCGGGAGGAUGGGCUCAUGAAAAUCUAUGUGCUGCAGUUGCUGGCAAGGACCGUGUUUGAGGUGGGUUUUCUGAUAGGGCAAUAUUUUCUGUAUGGCUUCCAAGUCCACCCAUUUUAUGUGUGCAGCAGACUUCCUUGCCCUCAUAAGAUAGACUGCUUUAUUUCUAGACCCACUGAAAAGACCAUCUUCCUUCUGAUAAUGUAUGGUGUUACAGGCCUUUGCCUAUUGCUUAACAUUUGGGAGAUGCUUCAUUUAGGGUUUGGGACAAUUAGAGACUCACUAAACAGUAAAAGGAGGGAACUGGAAGAUCCGGGUGCUUAUAAUUAUCCUUUCACUUGGAAUACACCAUCUGCUCCCCCUGGCUAUAACAUUGCCAUCAAACCAGAUCAAAUCCAGUACACCGAACUGUCCAAUGCUAAGAUUGCCUCCAAGCAAAACAAGGCCAACAUUGCCCAGGAACAACAAUAUGGCAGCCAUGAGGAGAACCUCCCAGCUGACCUGGAGACUCUGCAGCGUGAGAUCAGAAUGGCUCAGGAGCGCUUGGAUCUAGCAAUCCAGGCCUACAGUCACCAAAACAACCCCCAUGGUCCCCGGGAAAAAAAAGCCAAAGUGGGGUCCAACAAAAGCAGUGCUAGUAGCAAAUCAGGAGAUGGAAAGACCUCCGUCUGGAUUUAAUCUUGGCUGAGCUUAAAACUUGGGCUUUUCAUAGUUUAUGGUAAGCAGCGGCUCACUGAAUAAUGACUUCCAUUGAGUAAACAUUUGGCUCUGGUUAUCUUCAGGGAUGAUGUUGGCUCAUGAUCCAAGCUCAGGGGACUCUGAAGGCGAGGCUGGGACAAGGGGAAGAGAAAGGGAAACACAGUGUUCCUGAGCACAGGUUCCAGCAAUAAUAAAGUUGCAGAACUUUACAUUUGUGUCUUCCAGAUCUGGAAAAGAACAGAUAUAUUUAAAUCAUUCUUGUUGAACAGUUUUUGUAUGUACAGUAUUAUGGUACAUUUUUUUUUAGUAUGGGAACCCUUUUGUAUUUGUACAUUGGACCACUGUAGUUAUACUUUUUAUAUUAAAGGAAAAAAAUCCUUAAGGUAAUGCCUGUUAGGCUAGUGUUAUUACUUUGUUCAGCAAAUUCUACCCUGGGUUUAAAGUUUUAAUAGAUACUAUACCUAAUAAAAGUGCCUCUCAUGUUGCAGGGGAGAUUUCAGAUAUGUCAGGAGCCAGAGGAGGAGGAGUCAGUUUUCAGUCUUGGAACGAAAGUCCGCAGUAGAAGGAGGUAGAGAUCUUCUCUCCUAUACUUGAGAAAUCUUUGACUCUCAUUCAUGUGCCCAGAGUUAUAUCCAAUCUUUGAAAACCUGUUUGUACUUUCAGAGGAGAUAAAUGAUUCACUGCAGGAUUCCUUUAAAUAUCAAGCAUUGCCAAUAUAUGCUUUCAUGGUGUGUAUAUCAUUGAAGUUCUUUCAAAAGUCUGAUACACAAAGGUGUCCCCAGUCUGCUAGCAGUGUGGAGACCCUGGCUAGAGUGUUACUAAGAUUCCUCUAUCACAAAGCAAAGUCAUGCCUAGAAAAUGAGCCCUAAUAGGAUGUUUAGUUGUGGACCUGUUUGAUUUGCCUUAAAUCUCUAUCCAGAAACCUGCCUCUCUGUGGUUUCUUAAGAAGCCAGUGAUAGAUAUUUUCUUUAUAUGUUAACAUUAGAAAUGGAAAAAUUCCCUUGUAGGCUAAGCUACUUGUACUGCGUAUGGCGGAAGGCCUAAAUCCAAAUUCCAUAUUUUUUAUAAUUUACUGUGGAAAUUUUAUAAUUUACAUACUUCUGCUAAUGUAGGUUUCUGCCUGGAAAACGAGUCAGACCUGAGAUUCUAUCUGUAAAUAGACCUCAAGAGAAUUUCAGUAUUUAUUCUCUAUAGUCAUAUCUGUUUGUCAGUGACAUGCAUUAAUGUUCACGUAACGCUUGUAAUUUGCAGUAUUUUAUUGCCAUUUUCAACCUUAUAUUAUGUUGGAGAGCUUUGCUCUCCUGUCAUGUUCACAUUGUCUGUCUUAUAGUUUAUGAUCUUCUGAGUAAGAGCUUGGUAAAGAUUUAAAGGAAGGAGCCUUUGCUUCACGAGGGAGUGAUUCAUUUUUUUUCAUUCUGUUCUAACACAAAGCUGUUGGAAGCCACCUACGACUUUGAAAUUCCAAAAGUAUUGUUUUUUUAUGUCUUAAUUUUAAAAUGCCUAUUCUCCAUUAUUUAGGAGAAUCCUAGGACAGUGUCCUUUGUGCAGUUCUUUUUCAUUCUCCAUUGCGCACCCCCCCCCCCCCGGCCCCGCGCAAAAGAAACUCAGUAGAAAAUUUAAGCUCAUCUUCUGGCCAUGCAUUUACCUUUAUUUUGCCUUUUUUUUUUUUUUUUUUAAGUAUAUAAAGUUUAGCCUAGAGAAGCUCCUCAGGAUCUCUAAACAUCUUAAGCAAAACGUAAACUUAGGUGAGACUGAAGUGGAAAUUUCAGAAAAUGAUAUAUGUGUGUGUAUCCUAGAUAAUUGACAUGCAUUUCCUUCAAACGAAAUGUUUAAUAAGGAAAUUCAAUAAUUAUUGAAAGAAAACAGGUAAGAUUUUAAAUACCUAAGCCUAGCUAAGAUAAAGAACUACCAGUUAAUUCUUACAUCACUAGAGCUUCAAGUAGAUUUCUUAACUGAAGGACAGAAAAUACACAUACCACAUCCAUCCAUUCAGAGCUUGGAGGAGAACAGAGUGGCUUUGCCAGUGGAAAGGUUGGGGAUUUGAGAAUGAUAAGAGGCAAAGAGUCAGGCAGAAAUGCCAGACAGACAUUCAGUGCCAGAAGCAUCCACUUAAUUUCUACAAAUAGUGCCCCUGGUGUUUCAUCUUGGCUUGUUCUGAUGAGAAUGUUAUCUUUUGUGUCUGGGUAAUUCUUCAAAUUCUUAAUAUGUAGAAAGUAUUCUAAGUCACUUCACUCAUGCACACACUUUUAAAAUCUAUUUUUAUUCUCUCACUAAAGUUUUAAUUAUGACAUGGAUUUCCCAACUCUGCUUUCUUAGUACGUUUCUUUCAGCCUUUGAACAUAUGAGUUUGCCAAAGCCAUUUCCCCUAAUGACAUUUAUGGACCUGCAUUAAGAAAAUGACCCUAUCACUGUUUAGCUUAACCCAUUAAUUGGGUCUACAUUGAAUCUAUAAAAAUAUUAUUCUGAAACUUACAAGUAUUUGUAUAAAAAGCCUGACAGCAGUUCUUUUUCCUGUCAAAAUCAUACUCCUUUGAAUUGCCAUAUAAGACAUGCUCUGUCAUAUGACGUUUGCUUCUCUAAAUAGGAGUGCUUACUCCUUCACUUACUAGAAUCAGGAUACAACCAACAACAUGUUUGUAUUCCUUAACAUACUAUUGGGUUUAUUCAGAUGUGGUGUGUCUUUUGCUCGUCUCUGUUAAAAUCUAUUAUCCAGAAGUGAUGUGUAAAACAGGCUUUUUUCUUAGGUCAAAUUUGAAGGGAGAAUUAGUUAACAUUUUCCCCUAAAGAAAUGUUAAUGUUCAUUUUGUGGCUUCGUCUUUGCUUUAUGACUAAGUUUUGCCUGUUUCUAUAUUUGUUUGUUUAAAACCACAAGACUUAUUUCAUUUGAAGUCAUUUUUUCUGGGAAUUUUCCUUGACUAAUGUCUAUAGGAUUACUUUUGAUAAAAAUGACCUUUGCCAUCUAAAAUGGUUCUCACAGGUUAGGACUCCCACAUACCUGUCUUUUAGAAGGACACUUGUAUCUUUAAAGAGAAAAAAAAUCAUCAAUAGGUACCUUAACUCUGUCAUUCCUUCGUGGUAUGAAAUUAGGGAGUUCACUUUACUUUUCCAACUUGCAGCAGCCGCUUACCUCUCAGAAGUGUUACGAAGUAGUUAGAGAGGGCCUCUGGUAAAAGGUAUUAAAAGACCUACUAUUAUUGAUCAGUUGUCUGAGCUUGAAGCCCCCCUCC